AGGAUUGCUUGAGGCAGGCUAGGUGACAGAGUGAGACUCUAUCUCUAAAAUAAGUAAGUAAAUACAUUUUUAAAAAGUAAUGUUUCCCGUCCUUGAGGAUCUUCCCGUAUAAUGAAGACAACCAGGUACACAAAUAACAUUUUUACAAAGCGUGGGAUGAAGGGGAUUACAGGAAUUGAUUUAAAGAGAAUUGGCUAGUCUUGUGUUUUUUGUUGGAGUUUGAGGUUUCUAGCACCAUGUGCUGACUUCAAAAUUCUGACUGAAAAGUACUAUGUUUGGUAUCAUUGGGGAGUUUUGCAAUAGAAAGUGUUAAACACCUACCAGCAAAAUAUGAAUAUUUUGUUCAAUAUGACCUAAUUUUGACUGAAGUCUUGGUCAUAGUUUUAUUAUAUUAAUAAAGUAUUAAGGUAUAAGUUCUGUUUACUUUGGAAGGAUUUUUAAUUUUUAGAUUUUAACAUUUUGUCAUUUUAAAAAUCAAGAUUGGUUAGGAAAACAUAUUGGCACACAGCAAGCAUGUGUGUUAAAUGGUGGUUGAAAAAAUAAACAAUAAGAGGCAGUAUAAUACACAGUCGUCCCUUGGUAUCUGUGGGGGAUUGGUUCUAGAACCUCGACUCCCACAAAUACCAAAAUCCCGAGAUGCUCACGUCUCUCAUAUAAAAUGGUGUAGUAUCUGCAUGCGACCUACACACAUCCUUCCGUAUACUUUAAAUUGUCUCUUGAUUACUGGUAAUGCCUACUACAAUGUAAGUGCUAUGUAAAUUGUUACAUUGCAUUUUUUUGUUGUUUUUUUUUUUACUGAUGCAUUUUUUUUUAAUUAAAUUUUUUUUUUUAUCUCGUUGGUUGAAUCCACACAUGCAGAAUGUGCAGAUAGGGAGGUCCAGCUGUAGUGUGUAAAAGUGGAUUCUGCCCAGGAUUGGGCUCAGAUCCUGAACGGUUGGCUAUUUUAGCUAUUUUUAAAAUGUUCACUGUGCUCUGGUAUUGUUCUAAGUGUUUUAAAAUAAUAUUUAAAGCUUGUAGCAAUCAUAUAAAGUAGAUACAGUUAUCUCCAUUUUACAGAGGAAACAUGGCACAGAGAGGGAGAGCCGUUAUUGCUAAUUAUCGUCCAUAAACAGUUGACUGAUGUUUUUGGUAAGCCAAUUAUGGGUUGUUGCCUUUUUUCUAAUGUCUGAUAGCAGUAUCAGGGUCAACAAUUGGAGUGCAGAUUUGAGAAUUUUUUUUAAGUCUAAAUUUGUUCUAACCACUACCUUCUUUCCUCUUUAAAAUAAUCUAAUAUAGAAAAAAAUAAGGUUUGUAAACGUUUGUAAACGUUUAAAACAAAUUCCCCAGCAUUCUCAGUAUUGAGAACUAAAUGGAGUUGGGGGAACCCCUAAGUGUAUAUCAAAUUAAUUUUGUUUAACAAACAUUUGCAUAAUUACUACUAUAUGCCAGGCUCUUUCUAAGCAUUUAACAUACAUUAACUUGUUUAAUUCCCAUAGCAAUCUUGAGAUGCUAUUGUGCCAUGAAUCUCCGUGAUACAAGGAAAUCAAGGCAAAGAAAGAUUAAAUCAUUUGCCUGAGGUCACACACCUGGUAAUAAAGAAUGCUGAUGGGAGAACCAUUUUCCUAAUUUUCAAAUUGUUGAGCUGUUUGCCAUGAUGGAUGAUCAGCAAGCUUUGAACUCAAUCAUGCAAGAUUUGGCUGUCCUUCAUAAGGCCAGUCGACCAGCAUUAUCCUUGCAGGAAACCAGAAAAGCAAAAUCUUCAUCACCAAAAAAACAGAAUGAUGUCCGAGUCAAAUUUGAACAUAGAGGAGAAAAAAGGAUCCUUCAGUUCCCCAGACCAGUUAAACUGGAAGAUCUGAGAUCUAAAGCUAAAAUUGCCUUUGGACAGCCUAUGGAUCUACAUUAUACCAAUAACGAGUUGGUAAUUCCAUUAACUACUCAAGAUGACUUGGACAAAGCUGUGGAACUGCUGGAUCGUAGUAUUCAUAUGAAGAGCCUCAAGAUAUUACUUGUAAUAAAUGGAAGUACACAGGCUACUAAUUUAGAGCCAUUGCCAUCACUAGAAGAUUUGGACAAUACUGUGUCAGUAGCAGAGAGGAAAAAACGGCUUUCUAUAAUAGGUCCUACUAGUAGAGAUAGAAGUUCUCCUCCCCCAGGAUACAUUCCAGAUGAAUUACACCAGGUUGCCCGGAAUGGGUCAUUCACUAGUAUCAACAGUGAAGGAGAGUUCAUUCCAGAGAGCAUGGACCAAAUGCUGGAUCCAUUAUCUUUAAGCAGUCCUGAAAAUUCUGGCUCAGGAAGUUGUCCAUCACUUGAUAGUCCUUUGGAUGGAGAGAGCUAUCCAAAAUCACGAAUGCCUAGGGCACAGAGCUACCCAGAUAAUCAUCAGGAAUUUUCAGACUAUGAUAACCCUAUCUUUGAGAAAUUUGGAAAAGGAGGAACAUAUCCAAGAAGGUAUCAUGUUUCAUAUCAUCAUCAAGAGUAUAACGAUGGUCGUAAAACUUUUCCAAGAGCUAGAAGGACCCAGGGGACCAGCUUCCGGUCUCCUGUGAGCUUCAGUCCUACCGAUCACUCCUUAAGCACUAGUAGUGGAAGCAGUAUCUUUACCCCAGAAUAUGAUGAUAAUCGAAUAAGAAGGAGGGGAAGUGACAUAGACAAUCCUACUCUGACCGUAAUGGACAUCAGCCCACCCAGCCGUUCACCUCGUGCUCCAACCAACUGGAGACUGGGCAAACUGCUUGGCCAAGGAGCCUUUGGAAGGGUCUACCUCUGUUACGAUGUUGAUACAGGAAGAGAAUUGGCUGUUAAGCAAGUUCAGUUUGAUCCUGAUAGUCCUGAGACCAGCAAGGAAGUAAAUGCACUUGAGUGUGAAAUUCAGUUGCUGAAAAACUUGCUACAUGAGCGAAUUGUUCAGUAUUAUGGCUGUUUGAGGGAUCCCCAGGAAAAAACACUUUCCAUAUUUAUGGAAUAUAUGCCAGGGGGUUCAAUUAAGGACCAAUUAAAAGCAUAUGGCGCUCUUACUGAGAAUGUGACUAGGAAAUACACCCGUCAGAUUCUGGAGGGUGUCCAUUAUUUGCACAGUAAUAUGAUUGUCCAUAGAGAUAUCAAAGGCGCAAAUAUUCUGCGAGAUUCAACAGGCAACGUCAAACUAGGAGAUUUUGGGGCCAGCAAACGGCUUCAGACCAUCUGUCUCUCAGGGACAGGAAUGAAGUCUGUCACGGGCACACCAUACUGGAUGAGCCCUGAAGUAAUCAGUGGAGAAGGCUAUGGAAGAAAAGCAGAUAUCUGGAGUGUUGCAUGUACUGUGGUAGAAAUGCUAACUGAAAAGCCUCCUUGGGCUGAAUUUGAAGCAAUGGCUGCCAUCUUUAAAAUCGCCACUCAGCCAACAAACCCAAAGCUGCCACCUCAUGUCUCAGACUAUACUCGAGAUUUCCUCAAACGGAUUUUUGUAGAGGCCAAACUGAGACCUUCAGCUGAUGAACUCUUAAGGCACAUGUUUGUGCAUUAUCACUAGCAGCCAGUAACCUCUCCUGUGCCUCUACCUAGCUCCCAUCUAUUCAUUCACCUUCUCUCUGACUGCACUUUUCUUUUUUAUAAAAAAAGAGAGAUGGGGGAGAAAAAAAGACAAGAGGGAAAGUAUUUCUCUUGAUUCUUGGUUAAAUUUGUUUAAUAAUAAUAACCUAAAUUUUUUAUAUUUAGUCUUUUUUCCCUUACAAGAACUUGAAACUUUUUUUUUAAUUUUUAUAAUGUACUGAUGUGGUUCAGAGAGAUAAAGCACUUUAGUACAUAGUCACUCUUUCUAGUACACAAACAAAUCAUUUGGAAUACCUAAAGAUUGUAGAGUCUUUUCCUCUAUCACUGACAUUAUUAGUGGUGAUGAGAAGACAUGGAAAACAAGGAGAAGAAAAUGAUGUAUAAUUUGUAGUUUUUAGUGAUAGUAUUUAAACUAUAUCCUCAUUUAUGGGGUUGAGCCCUAAACUUUAGGGUAGGUACUCAACUUAAAGAAUAUAGGUUUCUUCUUGUAUCUGUAUUCUUUAGAUCCUAACCUCUGUCUACCAAGCUUUUUGCUCAGUAGGAGUCUUGAUAGAAGAUACAAAUCUCUAAGAGGUAUGUUUAUUUGUUAAUCCUAACCAGUAUAAUAAGCAAAUACACUAUAAUAGAUCCAUGUUACUGGAAUCUGUAAACCUUGAGGGAUAGCUUUCUGCUUUAAAA